AAGACAGGAAAAAGAUCCCGACAAAAGUCACAAAACAAUUCAGACAAAAGGAAAAGGGUACAAAGAUGUCCUCAAACUUUCUUUUCACUGAUCUUCUCACCUACCAAACACAUUUUACACAUCAAUACCCAUUUCCUCUCGGAUUUUCCUUCACUAGUCACGAUCCAUGAAAUCCAUCGUCCACCGUGCCAGAUUCCUUUUCCUCUGCCUCCUCUUCACCACUGUGCUGCUCCUCCUGCUUCUCAGCCGGAUCUCCGUUGAUGCCCCGACCGGACUCUCCGUUCCGGCCGAAACCCGGUCUGAACCGGUGAGAGUGAACCAAAGCUCACUGCGGCCGGCGGUUCAGCCCUCUUGCGCGACGGUCGAAGAGAUGGGGGAGCAAGCGUAUUCCAAGGAAGCGUCUUGGAAGGAGAGCCUCAGAGUUCGUUCAAUCAUUCGUGACCACUUCGAUUUUCACGGUGCUCCUAGAGUUCGGGGACUGCCACCUGAGCAGUUCUGCAAACAAGGUUUUGUGUUGGGGAAAGCAUCAGAAGCUGGUUUCGGAAAUGAGAUGUACAAGAUAUUGACUGCUGCUGGAUUAAGUAUCAUGUUAAACCGGUCACUUAUCAUCGGGCAAACCAGGGGGAAAUUCCCAUUUGAGAGUUACCUUUCUUAUACCAACCUUGCUUUUACUAUGAAAGAAGUGAAGCAUCUAUGGAGAUUGAAUGACUGUAUGGGGAAGUAUGGAAGGCGUCUGAAUGUGAGGACAGACGAUUUUGAGAAGCCCACGGGAACAAAUACCCUUUGCAGUAAUUGGAGAACAUGGAAACAGCCAAUCAUAUGGUUUCAAGGUACAACUGAUGCUGUAGCCGCUCAGUUCUUCUUGAAGAAUAUACACACUCAAAUGAGCAGUGCCGGUUCUGCUUUAUUUGGAAAGACUCAACUUCUUCAUUCUAGACCUAAUACAUUCGGAGAGUUGAUGCGAGUAAUCAUAUCUCCUUCAAAAAGUGUUGAAGAAGCUGUCAACUGGGUGCUUAAUGGAGGUCCUGAUCCUCAUCUUGCCUUGCACAUGCGCUUGCUAAUGAACAGGUCUCCGAGAGCAGUUAAGGCAGCGCUGAAUUGCAUUAAAAAGGUCCUGUUUAGAAAUUGCCACCAGGUGUUGAGACCACGCGUGGUUUUGGUUUCUGAUACCCCUUCCGUGAUUAAUGAUCUCAAGCCAAAGCUGCAGGAAUUUGCUGAGGUUCUUCAUUUUGACUACAACAUGUACAAAGGAAGUAUUUCUGGCAAAAAAACAGCUAGAAUGCAACAAUUGGGUUUUAGAGUGAAGGACUGGGGACCAGCACCAAGAUGGGUUGCUUUUGUGGACUUCUUUCUUGCUUCCCGUGCUAAACAUGCCGUCGUUUCAGGGGCCCACCGGCGUGUUGGAACCACCUAUGCACAGCUUAUUGCAGCACUGGCAGCGGCUCACCAACUUGAUGAAAACCAUGCUACAAAUUUCUCCUUCAUCAGCAGUUUCCAGAGUAAUUUGUUGUCGGAAGGGUUGCAAAAACAAAUUGGAUGGGGACACGUCUGGAAUAGAUUUGCUGGUCCAUUGAGUUGCCGUAAUCAACAGAACCAGUGUGCACUCACUCCGCUUCUUCCCCCUGGUUGGUGGGAUGGGAUUUUGCAAUCGGCAAUCCCACGCGAUGUACGUAGGUUGGAAACAUACGGUGUAAAACUCAAUGGUUUUGGAUCAGUCGAUGAAAACCAUCUACGGUCUUUUUGUAUGUCUCGGAAAGAUACUACUAAAACCAUCCCAGUUACUCGCAAGUGUACUGGCUUGACUUGUGCCUAA